UGGUGAACGAAUACAGUCAGACGACGAUCCGAAGCGCUAAUCAACUGACGCUCACUUCCCAACUUCUCCCGGAAACGGGAACACAUGCUAUGACUUUCGCGGUGUUGUUUUUCCUGUUUUCGGCGCUUUUUGCUUCUCCUACAGAGGGAUAUUAUAAUAGUGAACGAUCAUCUAGAAUCGGGACAGAUAAAUUACUUUUAAUUCUUGUGGAUGGUUGUCGAUGGGAUUAUCCUGACAUGGCCAAACUUCCAGGAUUCAAAAAAUUGGCUGAAAAUGGUGUACGUGCCCCGUAUGUUACGCCCAUUUUUCCUUCGAAUUCUUAUCCUAAUUGGUACACUAUUGUUACAGGUCUUUAUGCCGAAAAUCAUGGAUUUGUGCAAAAUAUGAUGUAUGAUUCUUACUUCGGGGAUUUUUUCUUAAUGGGUCCGAAUGACACUGCUUCAGUUCCGCAUUGGUGGGAUAGCGCUGAACCACUUUGGAUAACUGCUGAGAAGAAUGGACUAAGAAGUGCCCUAUAUUGGUGGGAUGGUUGCCAGGUUGAAAUCCGAGGUAGAAAACCAACCUAUUGCCGAAAAUAUAAGUAUGUUGGAUAUUCUUGGUCUACUGUGAACGAUGAUACGAAAGAUGCUCUGUUAGUAGCUCUACAACUUAUGGAGAAGAAUGAAGUACAAUUAGUUCAAAUUUACUACGAAUCUGUAGAUUUUAAUGGUCAUAAAUAUGGUCCAAAUUCUUUUGAAAGAAAACAAGCUGUGAAAGAUAUUGAUAAUAUAUUAGAUUUAGCGCAGCGUGAAAUAUCUAGAAGAAGACUACAUGAUAAGGUGAAUCUUGUGGCACUUUCUGAUCACGGAAUGACAUCGACGGAUUCAAGAGGCUUGAACGUCAUAAAUCUGCAACAGUUGGUUGAUGUUUCUGAUAUAAAAUACAUGGUAUAUUAUGGAGCAACAAGCAUGCUACUGCCAUGUGAGGGAAAAACUGAGAAGCUGUAUGAAGAGCUCAAAGGAAUAACAGGUCUUCAUGUUUACCUCAAAGAAGAAAUUCCUGAACACUAUCACAUAAGAAAUAAUAGACUAACACUUCCAAUACUUUUGGUGGCUUCCAAAAACUAUUAUAUCAAAGGAUUAGAUAUCCCUGGUAAAAGCAUUCCUACUGGUUCAUCAAUAUCAUUAGGAUCUCAUGGCUAUGAUCCAUAUGAAGUUCCAGAUAUGAGAGGCAUUUUCUUCGCUAGAGGACCAGGACUAAAGAGAAAUUACAUAUCGCAGCCUCUACAGAUGGUUGAUAUUUAUAAUAUUCUUUGUGAGCUUUUAGGUAUUGAGCCAUUGCCAAAUAAUGGAACAAAAACUGUGGCUAACGGAAUUACAGCAUUAAGAUACUCCUCCGCUAAUCCACGCAUAAGCUUCUGUGCUAAACUUUAUUUUUAUUUAGCACUUAUGUUGCCAACAAUAUUUUAUAGAUUUUUAUCGUCUGUCACGUGAUUAAUAUAAUUAAAUUCCUAUGAAAAUAAAACAAUUAGUGAGAUUUUUUAAUUUGAAAUCAAGCAAGAAAAUAGAUUUGAAAUAAGAGCUCAAUUAUACUUGUUCUCAUCACCGGAAACUUUUCAUAUACAUGAGCCAUGAAGAAACAAAGAAAUCAUAAAGUUGUUUGAUAAUUAUAUUUUUAGUAAAUACUUAUUUUAAGUAAUUGCAGACUGACAGAAUGUAUAAGAGCUGUUCUAUUUAUAUGGUUGUUAAUAUUUGUAUAAUAAAAUAUUUUUUUACUGA